AUGUUGCAUCCGAAGUUACAACGAGUCAUAAGGCUUAAUUAUUAUCAUCUGCUAUCCUAUGGUCUAAUGGCUACAACUCUACGAUUUCCUAGGCCAAACACAAUAAAAAUUAAAAGACAAGUUUCCCAUGGUUAUUUGCUAUAUAGUGUUGUGAUAAUUGGCAUCCUUUUGAUCGAGAUUCCUUUAAUGAUUCCCAGUAAUAUAUUCGAUGGCUACAUGAAGUCAAGUUUUUUAUUACAAAAAAGUUUCAUUGUUACCCUGGGACUAAGAGUUUUGACCAUUUUGGGUAACUACUUUACUGUUUGGCGGUAUCGGAAGGACAUUAUUAAUUUCUAUAUGGAUUUUUUUCGCAUUUGGAGUACGCAUCGUGAAAUGGUGAUACGUUUGGUUGGUUUGAAGUCAGUAAAGAGAUUGCAACUAUAUUUGGGUAAACUUCUAUGGCGAAAUUUAUGUGUGAUUUAUGGUGGCGGCUUCUGUUCCUUCAUUGUGCAAUAUCAAUUGCUCAGUAACGUGACUGAAGAAAGUUUUACACUUCUUUUGGCCAGAUUUAGUCAUAUUAUUUUGUUUAUAGUGGCAAAAAUAGGUAUCUAUUUAACCCUCUCACUACUCAAUCAUCAAUUUGACAUAGUUCAAUUGAGUUUGAAGGCUUUGAGUAAACAGCAAACAAUACCAAAAGCUAAGGACCUACACAACAUUUCGCGUAUGCAAAGGGAUAGCUUUAAUUUGGCCCAGAGACUGUUCCGUAUCUAUGACAUAGCAAAUGCCACUGUGUUUCUCAAUAUGUUUGCCGCCAGUGUGAACAUUUACUAUCAUGCUGUUCAAUUUAGUAACAAGAGUAUCAAAUCCACUGGCUGGGGUCUCGCAUUUGGAAAUGCUUUAAUCAUCUUCAAUGUGUGGAAUUCGGCCAUUUUAAUGAAUAUGUUGGAUCGUGUGAUUACCUCCUGCAAUGACAUUGGUCAAUUGUUACGGCUAUUUACCGAACUUAAACUAACCCACGAAUUCAAAAUGGAGCUGGAAUUGUUUGCCAACAGACUGAAAUGUCAACGUUUGGUCUAUAAAAUCUGCGGUUGUGUCAAAUUGGAUAAAUCAGCCUGUCUCAGCUAUAUUGGCUCUGUUCUGUGUUAUGUCAUUAUAAUGAUGCAAUUCGACUUGAGGGAAAAGACCCAAAGAAUAGAACGUCACAAUUAUCUAAGCCAUUUAGAUAGACGUCACUAA